UAAGCAGUCGAAGAUCUUAAUACCUAUAUUUUCGAAAGGUUAUGCCUCUAGCGUAUGGUGUCUCAAGGAGUUAGUCCAGAUGGUCGAGUGCCAGAAAACUGGAAGACAAAAGAUCAUGCCCAUUUUUUAUGAUGUGGCCCCUUCAGAGGUUCGAUACCAAACUGGGGCUUAUGCAGAGGCCUUUUGUUCACACAAAAAGAAGAUGUGAUAUGGCGAAGAGACUAUCGGAGGGUGGAAGGAUGCUCUCACUGUAGCCGCAGGAAUAAACGGAUCGAACCUACAAAGCAUGCCCAACAGGCGAGAAGGUGAGUUCGUGAAAGCAUUCACGCAGAUGGUUUUCAAUGAUUUGAGUAAGGCUUAUCUGGGGGUAUCAGAUUGCUUGGUCAAUGUCGACAACCACAUGGAUGCAAUCAUGGAAAUGAUAUAUGCUAGGACAAGUGAAACACGGAUUAUAGGAAUCCAUGGGAUGGGCGGUAUUGGAAAGACGACUAUUUCCAAAAUGAUCUACAAUCAACUUUCACGCGACUUUGAGAAUUGUUGCUUUCUUCGGGGAAUUCGAGAAACGUCAAAAGACAAAGGCAUUGAAUGCUUGCAGAAUCAGCUCAUCUCUGAAAUCCUCAAAAUGAAAUGGAUAGAUAUAAAAAACAUAGAUGUAGGGACUCAGACAAUUAAAGAGAGGUUGUCUACUAAAAAAGUCCUCCUCCUUCUCGAUGAUGUGGCUCACAAGGAACAUAUGGAUGCACUCAUAGGUAAGUGUAAUUGGUUUGGUACAGGGAGCAAACUUAUUAUUACUACUAGAAACAAAGAUGUUCUCAAGGUUCCUGAAGUGGACGGCCUUUAUGAGGUUAAAAUCAUGGAUUCCGAUCAAUCUCUUCAACUUUUUAGCAAACAUGCCUUCAGGAGAGAUUCUCCUUUAGAUGAGUAUAUCAACCAAUCCAACAGGGCGAUAGGCAUUUGCGGAGGUUUGCCGCUAGCUCUUGAGGUCAUAGGUUCACUUUUAUCUCGCACUGAAAAGGAAAAGUGGGAUGGCAAAUUGAAGGAGUUGGAAAAUGUUCCUCCUAAGGAUGUCCAGAGUAAGCUAAAAAUAAGUUAUAAUGCAUUACGUGUUCGAGAAAAGCAUAUAUUCCUUGAUAUCGCUUGUCUUUUCAUUGGAUAUGACAAAGACAUUGUGGUUCACUUCCGGGAUAAAUCAAAAAAAUUUCCGGAUGAGGCUAUGGAAGUUUUGCAAAACAUGUCUUUGAUAAGUAUUGAAAAGGACAAUAAAGUGUGGAUGCAUGACCAACUCAGAGACCUUGGAAGAGAAAUAGUUCGACAAGAAAGUAACAUGAAAAUAGAGAAGCAAAGCAGGGUGUGGGAUCCUAAGGAAGGAUUGGAUUUGCUAAGGAGACAUAAGGGAAAAAAGAAAGUUGAAGCUCUUCGUCUCAAGUUGGACCACCAGCGGCAAUAUCGUUUUACUUAUAAGGGCUUUGAGAGCCUAUCAGAUCUAAGGUUCCUUGAAGUGUACGGUUCGAUGGAAAAUUUUUGUGCAGAAGAGAGGCUUCUUUUGCACGAAUCACCAUCAAAUGCUCUUCCAACUAAUGAGAAUUCAGAUCUCCUUCCACAAUUACGAUGGUUUUCAUGGCGUGAUAUUCCCCCAACAUUUGACAUUACAAAUUUCUCCAUGGAGGAUGUGGUUAUUCUUGACCUAUCUGAGAGUAAAAUUACGCACGAUUGGAAGGGGUGGAGCCAUAUGGAGGAGAUGAAGAUUUUAAAAGUUCUGAAUUUGACCAAUUGCCAUUGCUUGGAGAGAACUCCCAAUUUCUCUACUCUUGUAAAUUUAGAACGUUUGAUCCUACAAGGCUGUAGCAAAUUAGUCGAAAUCGAUGGGUCCAUUUGUCAGUUGAAACACUUAGGUUCCUUAGAUGUAAGGGAUUGUCGGAAUUUAAGGAUUUUCACUGCAUCUAAAUGUUUGUCUUUUAUGCUUCCCCCCACAAUCGGAGAUCUUACAAGUCUUGAAUACCUAUCUCUGAAAAAUUGCAAACAGUUGAAGUGGCUUCCAGAUUCAAUCGGGAAUUUGAAAUCGCUGAUUGAGUUGGAUAUAAGCAAGACGAGCAUAAGAGAACUACCUGAUUCCAUCGGAAACUUAGAAAAUUUGAAAGUAGUGAAGAUGACUUGCGAUUCCACAAGCAAAAUACCGAAUUCCUUUUGGACGAUUGAGAAGCUCGAAGAAAUAGAAGUCACGCAUCCACAAGUCACACAUCCACGGCCUACGAAGGGUUUCCAUGUGAAAAUUGGCGAUUGCAUCCACAAAUAUCAAUCCCUGAGGAUAUUGAAAAUGCAUGAUGCUAGAAUAUACGUAGUACCGCAACUUUCAAAAAGUCUUGUCGAUCUACAAUUGGGAAGAUUGUACAUGAAGAUGUUUCCAGAUCUAUCAGACCUAACUAAUUUAAAGAGAUUAUGUCUAGAGUUUGCCCCACGUGAUGAUGAUGGGCUUGUGGAAGAAGAGUCCAUAAACAUCAAAGAAAUAAAAACAGAAGAAGAAGAAGAAGAGUCCAUGCCAUGGUGGAUUGGGAAGUUGAGCAAACUGGAGAUUCUGGCCCUCACCUCUGAUUAUGUGACCACUUUACCCACGGAUAUAACUCUCCUUCCUCGACUCCAAUUCCUUACCAUCAGCUGCCGUAAUCUGCGUGACCUCCCGAGCCUUCCCUCCAGUUUAUUAUCCUUGGCUUUGGAGUCUGAAUACGUGACCACCUUACCCAUAGAUCUGAGUCUCCUUCCUCGACUCCAAGAACUCGACUUCAAAUGCCCUAAAUUGCCUCACCUCCCGAGCCUUCCCUCCAGUUUAUCAUCAUUAAUUUUGUUCCAUUGCUACUCACUUUGCUCGAUGGAGGAUCUAUCGAAUUUGAAGAGACUAUCAGAUCUUCAGAUUAUUCACGGUGCAAUCUCAGAGAUUCGGGGCCUUGAUUGUUUGCAGAACCUACAAGAGUUGGAGCUUCGGGCCCUGCAACAGGUGGAGAUAUUACCUGAUCUAAGUAAUUUCAACAAACUAAGAAGUCUUCAAGUAGGCGAUUGUGAUAGUCUGCUUGAGAUUCAAGGCCAACUACCACAGUCUUUGGAAGAAUUGGAGAUUUUUUCAUGUGAAUCUUUACAACAAUUGCCUGAUCUGUCUAGUUUGAAGGGACUGCAAAAGCUUGACAUAAUUGCAUGUGGUAAUCUGGUUGAAAUUCAACUGGAAUUACCACAAUCUUUGAAAAAAUUGCAGAUUGAUUCCUUUGGAUAUUUACAGAAGUUUCCUAAUCUGUCAAGCAUGAAGGAACUGCGAAAAGUUGUCAUAAGUGGUUGUGAUCGUCUGGUUGAAAUUCAAGGCGAACUACCACAAUCUUUGGAAGAAUUGGGGAUUUAUUUAUGUGAAUCUUUAGAGAAGUUGCCUAAUCUGUCUAGCUUGAAGGGACUGCAAAAGGUUACAAUAUCAGAUUGCGGGAAAUUAGAUGUGGAGGCAAUUUCUAGGCUCUGCUCGGAGAAAUCAGUCAAAUUUGUGGGAGAAGACGAGGGAGAAGACAACGAAUGUGAAUAUGAAGACGACGAAUAAGUGCUCGUUGCUCUUGAAAGCUUCUUGAUCCUCAACCACAAAUUGUUCCCUUGUGUUCAAACUAUAAACAAAUUGAGGGAGCUAUGGCUAAUUUGGAAGCUGUACAAAUGAAGAACGAAUAAAGGAAAAUGAAGAUGACAUCUAAUGUCGUCUAAAUUCCCUUCAUAAUCUUGGGGUGAUAAACUGUGCAUUCACCUGUUUAGGGACAGAAACUUGGAGAUUAGUGAGGGAAGUCAUUGCCUAUUGAUGAAAUCGUUGAAUCUGUUGAACUCCAUGCGAAGUUUCAAUUGAAUGGUUAACCCUUUUUUCAGAGAAAUCAUUAGAGCAGGGCGGAGGGAUUCAUUGUGAAAUUUGGGCCAUCGUACGUAAUGUUAUUCAAGGUAGUCUGACUCAUGAGUGUGAUAGGCACUCACAACACAGGAAACACGAAUAAUUGGAAUUCAUGGACCCGACAGUGUAGUAAAGUCGACUCUUGCCAAAAUUAUCUACAAUUAGCUUU